AUGCCUCCGCUCGGAACCCUUGUUCCACCUCCAUCCCAAUGCAACCAGCAACGAGAGGCCCUGGAGUCCCGACUCAGUGCCGCCCGUGCGCAGGCAGCCCAAUCUCGACAGCGCAUUGAUCAGGCCUUUGGUGCCAGGACCGGCUCCCCAGCACGCUCACGCCAAGCAUCGCGCCCCACCAGUCAAGCCACCACCGUUCCUUCCACACAAACGCAUUCUCGCCCCAACAGUCACCUCCGCCAAGCCGAGGCCCGCUCAACCUUAGAGUCAGCCUCUUGGCCCAAUCUACCGCCCCACUUCACCCAGCCUCAGCCCUACGCCCCACAACCGCAAACCGCUGCUUUCUUGCAAGCUGAUCUUCGUGCCUGGCGCGAGCACUACAAUGCCUCAGACCGUGCUGAUCCAGGCGUGCUUCGCCAUCUGGCCGAGAUUGAGCAACAGCUACAACACCUCACCUCUGCGCCACCGGGCGCAUCCCCAUAUGUUAAUCCAGCCCCGACGUCAAACCCAUACUUUCCGUCGCGACCUCUGCCACCACCCCUCCCAUUGGUUCAAGACCCCUACUACUCCGUUGCUCUUCGCGAUGCAAUUCGCACCGAGCUGCAAACAGCCCUGACCAGCCUACAGCCCCCACAGGCUUCAACGGCCGCUGCACCCGAAGCGCGACCGGCCUCCGCUACCGUGGACCCGGAUGCUGUCAAUCAUAUCCGUCGCGUCCAAGAGCUCCAACGCCAACUCGAAACCCUUGAGUAUGAGAACAAACUCAGGCGACUUCAGCAAGAAUUUGCCCAGCUGGAUGCCAACUCAUGCACAAGCGACACAAUGCCUGCGCCACGUAUAUUGAGACAGCCGCUACUUUCGCUGACGCCGCGUGUGCACCCAAAGACAACGGAUCAGCGAACGGCCCCUCGCGAGCCAACUCCGCCAAGCACACCCAUUGAGCAAGACCCAGACGUUCUCAGCUCCGAGCCGUAUAGUAGCAGCCAAGGCUUUGUUGUCUAUUUCGAUCGCACAGACCUGCUGCCAUCACACCUCGCCUCGUGCAAGCUUCGCUACCAACUCAUCAACGAUGGCAAAAGUGAAAGUGCCAUGCAGUACUGCGUGACCAAAACUACAAACGUGGACAGCCGCCACGCUGCAUUCCUGUUCGAGCCCGUGUGCUCGGAGACGACGUUUUGUUCUUGCUUCGGCAAGCUCGACAACGACGCACGUCCUCCCAACACGUCAAGUCAGUCAAACUUUUGCUUGUCAUCGCCUACAUCUAGCGAGGCACCGCGAGCGAGCCUGUUGUCAGCGGCGGACAGUUUGAUGGGCGAGAACAUCACUUCAAACAAGCCCCAUUCGGCCCGACCUUUUUCCCAGCUCGAAGCUUUGCCAGAACGACGCGACUCGGCAACACAUCAGAAUGCCGAGGCAACCGGCUCUCGUCGAGGCUCAGCCACACGCUCAAUCGCACUCAGCGAAGCAUCAGAGCCAACUGCUCUCGAGGACACUCUACCAAACGCAAGCCCUGCCGCAUCUAACCCGGCUACGAACACCAUCACACGCAAACGCGCCGCAUUUGUCGACCCGGAAAAACUUGAAACGGUGGCUGGAGGCGCUGUUCGACUUGACUUUGUCAUUUCCGGUCUACGCGACCUGGCACUGGAGCCCGACGAUCAGCUCAAACUGGCUGUCUACGGCGCUACCGCCGAUACCAGUGAAGGAAACGACUAUUGUGUCGAAAUGGGGGACGAAGCUUGCUGGAAAUCAGAGGGAUUGGAUGGCCGCGAUCCAUUGGAAUGGCCCUUGCACGCAACACCCGCAAAGCCCUUUGCCUUCUUGCAAGAUAAUGGGCAAUUCGACAAUCGACUUGGCAAGCUCAGCCUCGUUCUCAACAAGCAACGUGCACGAAUUCAAACGGCACAAGGCGAUGGCGGCCCCAGGGGUGGUGAUGCUUUAGCCUUGGAAUCUGGUGGCGAGAAUUUGAGUGCCCACGUUCGCAGCGCCACGGAUGAAGAUGUCAUGAAGCUACCACCAGGCAGCUUUGUAGCGGUCUCGCCCACCAAUGGCAUGCCAUACCAACCCGAGCGCGGCAUUGAUAUUUAUGUGGACGGUGCCCGCUUCCUGCCGAACAACGUCACCAUUUCCAAAGUCGUCGGUCGCAUUUUCAACGCGCGAAAGGAAAAGGAGGGUCCCAUGAUCAAUACGAAUCUAGACCUCGACUCGGACAUGCUCAACCCACGCUACAACUAUCGUCUCGAGCUACGCAGCGAGGAGCUGGCACCCACAUCGACGCUUGUCCUGCGUAUAUAUGCGAUCGAUGAGCUGUCUCAAGAUCUGAGCAUCGUCGGCUAUAGCGUACAUCACCUCUUUGUUGACCCGCGCACGGGAGCUCAACCAGAGAGCGAUGACUUGGUUGAGUACAACCUUAACGAGGGGGGAUUUCAGUUGCGCCUGCACACCAAGCUACCGGGUCAGGCCACCAUCACAGCCAACAUGCUGAAUGAUGUGCCUCCGCUGCCUUGUGCGUCGCUACUGCUUCGCAUCAGGCGCCCGCCCGCAGAUGAUCAAGGCCUACCCCUCUCGCAGAUUCAUGUGCCCCCAGAAGAGGUUCGCCGAGUGCGCCACCACUUGGACCUGGCCAAGGGUAAGGAUGUGCGAGAACUCGAGUCGGACAAAGCCCGAGAAAGCUUUAUUCGCAAUCGGCUGAAGAGGGCCAGCAGCGCCACGCCGCAACCAUUAGCAUUUUCACGGCUAGCCCCUUAUUCCCCAUCGAUUGGUGCGCUCCUCAUUGUGGAGCGGGCUCGUCAUCUACCAAAGAGAAAGAUGCCUGUGGUUGUAGCCAGCCUCUUGCCCCCGGGCAAUCUGUAUUUAGACAAUAUUGGGGCAAAUCAAGAUGAGGAUGAUGGGGCAAAGCGCAAGGCUGAGCGCAAGGCAACCAUCAAAGCCGAAACUAGGGUCUCCACGGCAGCAGAGAGCACGUUGCGCAACCCCAUUUUUGCUGGAACCGAGCUGUACUUUGCUCCUGCCACCUUACUGGAUAACCAUUUGCUAGUGCUCGACAUCAAGAGUGCUGACACCAAAGCAGAUGCCGUGCAUCCCAUUGGAUUUGCAUUUCUGCGAUUAAGCUCCGGGCAGUCACACGUGAAUUUCGGUCAUUUUGAUCUGCCGAUCUAUCAAGGCACGCCGACGGCGCUCAUCUUGAGUAAGGUGGCCGAGCACCUGGACGACUUACAGCACCUGCAUCAAGUUCCAGCCUUCAACAAGCUGAUCAAGCCGAUGGACCAUGCCUACGUGACCGUUAGCCUGUUGGACCCACGAUUGGAUCCUGAUUUGCUGCCGUCGACGCCCGAGUCGCUGUUGCCAGAAUCGUCGCGUACCAAGGCUUACGCGAUGACGAGCAAGUCCAAGCCGCUCACCACCCUCCAGCCAACCACUUUUACCAGGUGGGCUGCCUAUGAAUCCGCAGUCGGGUCACUCUUACGCGCCUACAUUGCUGCGGGCACCACGGCCACCACCAUGAUGCACUCGCCAUGA